AUGGCUUUGCGCGCCACCAUCCAACCUGUUAAGUUGGAUUCCAACUCCCUCUACAUCUAUACUCUUCCUCGCCUCUCAAACACAUUCCAUUGGGCACUCGUACAUAUCGACGAGAAAGGUGUUGCCACCCGCCACCACUGGGCCGCCACCACACUAGAUCCACAGGGCCCAGAGGCAUAUGUCGAGCAAGCGUUGCCACACGGGCCACUAUCCAAAGUCGAAAAGGACCACAUCCUCGCGUACUUCAAGAUCUCGGAGUAUAGCCCCAUAGACGUCACAGCGCUCCGGCGUACCUGUGCUUCUAUCUUCCCCAAAAGCUAUUCCACCGCACAAGCGAACCGGCGCGCGGACAUCACCUGCCGCGCAUGGAUCACGCACAUCUUGGGACAGCUCAUCAGCCCCGAGCGUGCACAGGAGAUCGAGGAGCUCGUGAAGAAGCACAGCACGACGUGCUCCAACACGUUCGCCACAGACUUCCUGUUCCAGAGACCAUACGAAAUGCAGGUGUACACGUUGUAA